AUGACCCGCUUCCUUGCACUCCGGAGGAGCUUUGCCCGACCCCAGCUCUCAGGUCGAAACCGGGGAAGCGCGUCGACAUGUCGUCCUCGCUGCAGUUCGACCUUUGGCCCAAGCAAUCUAGCUGAGCUGCUACCCAAGUCUCCACUCCCUUCCUCCUCGCCCAAGUCUCCACUAGACGGUGAGACGCUGACAAUCAACGGCUACGUGCGGACGGUGCGUAAGCAGAAGCGCAUUGCCUUUGCUGCCAUAGGCGAUGGUUCGACCUUGCAGACAGUCCAGGCUGUUCUGGAUCCUAGCCUAGCAGAAGGACUCUCUACCGGUGUUGCAGUCACAGUCACUGGCAAGUGGACACCCUCGCCAGGACAGGGUCAAUCUCAUGAGCUUCAAGUGAACAAUGUGCGCAUACUGGGAGACAAUGAUGCUGCAAAAAAGUAUCAGACAGCCGAGUUUCUUCGUACUCUCCCGCAUCUGCGAAGUCGGCUGCCGUUCAACUCUCUCAUCCUGCGACUAAGGUCGCUAGUCACGGCAGAAGUGACAAAGUACUUUGCAAAACACGACUUUGUCCAAUGCCAUCCACCAAUCAUCACGUCGUCGGAUUGCGAGGGCGCAGGAGAGGUCUUUACCGUUGCACCGGGAGCACCGGCUGUACCAGAUAAACAGUUGUCGAAUCAGGCCAAACAGCACGAAGACCAGUUUUUCGGUUCCCCAAAGUACCUGACAGUUUCCAGCCAGUUGCAUCUGGAAGCUUUGGCCCAGUCUGUAAACAAGGUUUGGGCUCUAUCUCCGACGUUUCGCGCUGAGAAGAGUGAUACGGCUCGUCAUCUCAGCGAGUUCUACAUGUUGGAAGCGGAGCUGGCGUUUGUGAACAAUGUAAAUGUUGUCAUGGACGUGGUAGAAGACAUGCUGCGCUCGGUUGCGUCGGAACUACAAACCUCAUCUGUAGGGCGGGAGCUUCUCGAGGCGCGAGCACGAGACCAGGAGGAAGAGCGCACACCCGUGUCGCACACGGUCCUCGCACAGCGAUGGCAAGGGCUGGUAGCCGGGCCAUGGCCCCGAAUCACAUACAAGGCUGCGGUACAGCACCUCAAAGACGCCGUGGCUCAGGGAAAGGUGGGCUUUGAAUAUGCACCUGGUCAUGAAGACGGCCUCCAAACCGAGCACGAGCGAUACCUGGCUGACAGCAUGGGACGGGGUGGACCUGUGUUCAUCACCGACUAUCCACGUCUCAUCAAGCCGUUUUACAUGGCGCCGUCAACUGACGCGGCAGCUGAAGAAGAGGGGGCAUCAACGGUCGCGUGCUUCGAUCUGCUAGUCCCCGAGAUCUGUGAAUUAGUGGGUGGCUCGAUGCGUGAACACAGACUACCGGAACUUGUAAAGUCGAUGCAUGACCACGGCCUUGAGCACGUAGCGGACAAGACCACCGACGCAUCAGACGGGUCCUUGCAGUGGUAUGUGGAUCUCCGAAGAUACGGCAGCGCGUCUCCAAUAUCAGGGAUGUGGUCAGCUUUCCACGGUGGCACAAGCGGUGCGACUGCUGAGUCGCAUCGGGAUUCCAGGGCCCCUGGUAUUUCGGAUCACGGCAUUGUAGACGUGUCGCAUCGUAACGUGUCGUCACGAGCACUCUGGAUAGAAUUGCUCAUUACAGAACGUGACGAAGCCGAGUACAUUGUGCCUGUACAAUCGGCAUGGGCCGCCAUGUACGAUAACGAUACCAUGUCCGUGCGCGUUUUGGCCAUGUUCGAGUUUUGGCCACCCCAACAACAUGAAGAUACCAGAAAAAUGAGGCUGUAUCACCAGCAACAAUAG